AUGUGGACUCCAGUAUCAUUUACAAGUGACAACAGUGUUCCACCAACAAGAUCUAAGCAUAGUGCUGCUGUUCACGGUAAUCACAUUUAUGUGGUCGGCGGUCGAAAUGGAAAUUGGCCCCUUAAAGACAUAUGGAGAUACGCCCUGUCGAAUAACACCUGGGAACAAUUGCAUCCGACAGGAGAUACAUUGCAAAAUUUGCAAGAACAUACAGCAGUCGUUUAUCAAGACAAAGUCUAUGUUUUUGGCGGAGAAGUGGGGUUUUCAUCUGCCUCUGAGUCUCCUCUGUGGUCUUACAGUAUUAAGGAUAAUUUAUGGAAAAAAGUUAAAGGAAAAUCCGGCUCAAACGUACCAAAAGGCAGAAGAGGUCAUACUGCAUUAGUAUACAGAAAUUCAAUGAUUAUUUAUGGAGGAUAUAGAGACUUAAAAGGAUCUACGAAUGAAAUGUGGGCUUUUCACUUUGAUACUGAGUCGUGGCAUUUACUUUCUCAAGGAAGAGUACAACCACCAGCAAGACACAAACAUUCAGCAAUCAUACACGACGAUGUAAUGUGGGUAUAUGGCGGAAUGACUGAUUUGCAUGAAAGAUCAGAUUUGUGGAGAUUUGAUUUUGUGAAGAAAAAAUGGAGUGUUUUGAAGACCAAAGUAAAUCCAGGUUUAUUGCAUGGCCACAGUGCUUCCAAAGUGAUGGGUUCUAUGAUUAUUUUUGGUGGAAAAAAAGGAGGACAGUUUAGUAAUGAUUUGUGGAAGUUUUAUUUCGCCACCGAGACUUGGGAAAAAGUGAACACUACUUAUCCACAGCCUCCGCCAAUCUGCGAGGCCGUGACGUUAACGGUGUCGGAAACAACGUCGAUGUCGACGACCAAGAGCAACCGCGAGAACGGUGUACAGUCACCCAUAGUUCGACGGUCCAGGAGCGGCCGGUCCGUGGACAGGCAACAACAGAGCAGUAGUGGCGAUCGAGAUCACAGUGGUCACCUACAUCAGUGGCAUCACCAGUGCAAGUCUGAGUCUCGGGCGUCGUCUUUGGGUGGUUCGAACGUAAAUAUCCUGAAAGAGAUUUCGAAACUAUCGCAACUUAAUUUGUACCGGCUUGCGCACAACAAGACUUACAGUGUGCUGAGCAGCACAGACAGCGUUAUGUCCGCUGACACUUCACAUGCGCAACAACAGCAGCAGAACAUGGUCAAGUCUCAGUCGGCGAAUGUUAUCGCACGGUCGUUGAUAUCGCCGGUAGUGUCGAACGCGUCGCCACCCGGUCACAAGUCAUCGUUCCCGCCGUGUAGGAUGCCUCGGGACCCAAUGUCGGUGCCAAAUUUCGGCGUGGCACUAACUCCGGUUGAGGCCACCAAGCUGGUGUAUCUGGAGGGUGAGGAGGCACCGAGCCCGCGCGUCGAAUUCGAUCACGACUUCGGGUCUGUGCACAUGCGGUUCCACCCCAACGGGCCGCUGUCGUCUGGAUCGUCGACGUUUAACAAUAAGACGCUCAACCGCCGCAGUUACCCGAUGACCAGUUCCGCAUCCGCACGGUUCGGCAACCCAUACAGCACGCCAGAGGAACCGGGUGAAAUCACUUCUGGAUACGUCAGCAUCGAGACAGUACACCAGUCACCUAACAGUGGCGACGGACCUAUGUGUUUCUCCAACCCUAAUUACAUGGUAGCUGAUAUACAAAACGCCAUAUCCAAAGGUGAUUACGUCAAGCUCAACAGUCCGCCGGAUAGCCUGUUAGAGGAUAGCGAUAACGCGUUUGAAAUGCGCGACAUGAAUCGCCCUGCACCGCCUAAGACUCUGGCACUCAACUCGUCGACGGCAUUCAACUCGAGCGCGGACGUCCGGUCAUCGACAGCGUUCAACUCGACCUCUUCGGACGUUCGGUCGUCAACGAAAGCGGCGCGGGCUGCGAGCGCUGGACGGGCGUCGACCAUUGGUCGCGGCGGUAACGGUGCAGUUGUUGAGCACCAUCAAGUCAAAGAGUACGCGGUGUACCUUUUGGGAGGUACGGAACGCGACGGUUCAGUGACCGUGUUUAAAAAGCCCAUGGCCAUGUGGAAGCUCAGCAUGUUUUUCAGGAACGUGCAAUGAUGACGAGACUAUAGUAAUGUAAUAAUAUGUAACGGGGAUGAUGUUGGGGAUUGGUAAAAAUUGAGGGAGGGGGUAAAGCUACUAUUCAAAAAUUUUGUUGUAAGCAUGAGAGCACGAAAACUUACAACCUAUCGUGAACGCGUUAACGGGACUACGAAAAACCGGAACCCGCGAAUUGUGGUCGGUGAUUUUUACUUCCUGAAAAAAUGCACGAUUCAUCGUGUUGUGUAACUUUAUUACUUAUAGUGAUUUUAGGUUUUGUGUAUUAAUUAAUUUUAUUAUUAUUAUUACUAUUAUCAUCAAUGUCGCGAAGUUUUUCAUACAGUUUUAUAAACGACGUUAGUAUAUUAUAAUAGUACGUAUUACGUCCAUAUACCAUAAUAUUAAAUCGUUUUCCAAAAAUCGUUAUCUGCGACGUUCGUGUCCGGAAAAAAGUAAUUGUGUAAAGUGGAUUUUGUCCGUCCGGCGUCGAAGCUUCCGUCCGUCAACAGAUACGACUCAAAUGUAGAAAUUCGUCAGACGAAUACUUUACAAAACUAUGAUUCAUAAUAUAACAUAACAAUAAUUGAUUAGAUUUCCUAAGGAUUUUUCUUUUUUAAUAAUUUUUAACGAUACUAUGUAAUAUUACAUUUAUAUCUGUAGAUAUAUAAAUAUACUACAGCUGUAAUGAGACAUAUAUAGGUAAAGUAGAUGUAAUGAGCGUGAUUUUUGCAUGCUAAUGAAAUGUGCCAAAAAUCAAAAAAAUUGACUGUAAUUAUUUAAUUUUGUUAAGUAAAAUAAUCGUAAUAAUUAUUAUUAAAUUGAUUAAAAUAUCUUCUGUAAAUUUAGAUAUAAUAAAAAAAAAUCACACGUGCCAUUCGUCAUAUUUCUGUUAUACUCUAUAGUCUAUGUCGAAGUCCAGUUUAAAUUUUUGUAUUCUUUUUUUUUGAACAAUGACUGAAAUCCUGCCAUUUUUAUCGUUCGUAUUAAUUAAAAAUUUAAUAUUUUUUAACUUUGUUGUCGGAUAUAAAAUUAUGUCUCGUUAUUCAAGUGGUAGAAUUAAAUGCAGU